AUAUGAUUUAAUCUAUUCCACUUACUCUUGAUUAGAUAUAUGGAGUUAAUUUUAAAAGAGUACCAAUUUUUUUGGGAGAAAUGGAAGGAACCAAUCCAUUACCAAUUAAUGAAACAGAUGAAGAUUUGUAUUCUGAAAAAAAUUCAAGUGAAUAAUUAAAAAGAUCAUUGCCACCAUUAUAGAAAGUUGAUAUUAAAAUUAUGGCAGAUAAAUAGAGGAGGAGAUAAAAUUACCACAAAUCUCCCAUAGUUUCAACUUAAUUAGAAUAGCAUAUAGGAUUUAGAAAUUCAUUUUAUAGAAAUAAUAAAAUCAAUUUAGCAUCUAGAUAGAGAAUAGAAGAAAUAAAAAAUAAAGAGAUGGGUUUAUAUACGAAAUAUGCUCAACGAUUCAAUGUGCCUAAAUCUUAGAUAUGGAAUUGA